AUGGGUGGCGACAGCUUUGCGGUGCCCAACUUUAUCAGUCACAGCAGCGUGGAGGACAUCCGGGCUGUUCUGGGCAUGUUUUUUUUCUGUUUGCUGCUAGUGCCCAGGUGCGGUGAAGGCCCCCCGGGCCUGCCACCACCUCGGCCUUGCCACAGCUUCUGCGAGGUCCUGCGGGACAGCUGCUGGACAGUCCUUGACGAUGGCCGACUCCCCCGUGGAGUGCCACUUUCUUCCCGAUGA